AUGGGGGAACGGCCCUAUCCCUGCACCGAUUGUGGGAAGAGCUUCUGGCAAAAGAAGUUGCUGAUCAUCCACCAAUGUAUCCACCCCGAGGAGCAGCCUUCCACCGGCCUACACUGCGGGAAGAUCUUCUACCAGAAGAGUGGCUUGAACAAGCACCAGAGAGUCCAUGGGGCGGACAUGGCCUCACAGUGGGCCCAAUGUGGGAGGGACAUCGGCAAGACACAGGGGGUCCCAAUACACCAGGCCCCCUAUCGAUCCCCUGAGUGCAGCAUAGACUUGGGUCAAAUAAUCCACCCAUGGGACAUGAUACAUCACUACAGUGACAGCAGGAGGGGCUUUGGGAAGGAGCUGAAGCUGAUCAGGCCACGGGAACACCAUGCAGCAAAGAGGCUCUUCACAGGCACGGAAUAUGGGAACAGCUUCAAGCAGAGCGACCACCUGCUGAGCCACCAGCAGAUCCACGCCCUGGGCAAGCCACCACACCUGCAGCCAGUACGGAAAGAUUUAACCAAUGGAUACGUCUGA